AUGAACUCCGACGAGCCGAACAAGCUUUGUCACGAAUGCCUUGAUUUCUCAAAAACGAUCUGUUUCUGGGAAAAGAGACGAGUGAUGUUCUUUAAUAAGCAAAGAAAUGGUGGAAAGUUGGAAGAGAUAGUUGCAAUGCACUAUUUGAUAGCACACAGCAAACUGGUGAGCCUUUCGAUCUUGAUAAGUUUUGGAAUAGACUUUAUAUUGACGCCAACUCUGAAUAUUGCAGCUGAAAACUGGAGCAGGAGAGUUCCUUGGAUUUCAGAAGGGGAGCUCACUUCAGAAAAGAACCUGCUUGGAUCUUGGCCAUUUCUGGGGAGGUUACGCGUCUGUUUUGCAGAGCCACCUUAUUUCCAAAUGAAUAUAAAACCAAUCUUCACUCAUGGAGUUGAUGUUGCUGUGGUUCCUGGGAUUGCAGGAUGGCUAGACAAACUCUUGUCUAUUGCAUUUGAGCAGACUUUUGUUGAGCCAAAUAUGCUUGUAGUUGAUAUGAAGAAGUUUGUUAGCCCACAAUCAGGAGAGAAUUGGUUCUUUGUUGAUGAGAAAGAACCAGUUGCACACGCUCUUGUUGAAUUCGUUGAAGCAUCUGAUGUUAAACCAUCAGAUCUAAAUGGUUUAUCUGAUCCUUAUGUGAAAGGACAGCUUGGCGCUUAAGUGUUGUAAACCUUUACAUGGAUCAGUGUCUCCUUUGAGUUCCAGCAUAAUGUAUGUGGAAUAUCAAUAUACGCUGAGGGAACUGUGCUUUUCCUUGCCAAAAAGAUUCGAAUGAAAGCAGAGCAGAGAAUCUACAACAUGAUUGAUGUUUUGAGAGAAGGAAACAUGCGUUGAGCUUCGGUGCAGUGAACAAAUGGUGGUUCUAGAAGAGCUGAGAUAGGUUUACCAAAUCAUUAACAGUGAAAGUUAGAUGUUUGGUUCCCACUUCUGUCUUUUGGACAGGCUUUUGAAACUACCAGGGUUGUUUGCAGUUGCAACGACUGCUGUUUUGUAGCUCUUUUUUUUUGGUCUAUCCAAGAACUUUACAUUGCAUUAUUCAUGUUAAACCUCUUUACUAUAAAUGUUAAGCAAAAGUUAUUCAGAACAACAAUCUCAG